UUACAGUGAGCUGAGAUUGUGCCACUGCACUCCAGCCUGGCGAAAGAGCAAGACCCUGUCUCAAAAAAAAAAACCAAAAAACAAAAAACUAAUGGUUAUUAAUGGCUAUCUCUAAGAAUUUGAGAUGAAUGUAUUAAGAUAUAGGAAGAUACAAGGAAUAACCAUAGAACCCUAUUAGCCAGUAGCCAGAUAGGUAGAUAUGAAUAGCUUAAACUUGCCCCACACUCUGCAUAGUAAUAGAAUACAGGAACAGCAAGGUAAUGUCAAACUGAAUGUUGGGUCCAAUUGUUUAUGAGCUGCCUUUCCUUUAUUCCUUUUCCAGAAAUUAUGAUAAUAUCAAUUAUUUUUCCUUGGUUUACAAUAAGAUGAGUUGUUCUGUAAAGCUCUUUUCUGGUUGUAGGUAGUCUAAAGCUGAGAGGAAAAUUGACUAUGUGAUAUCUGGAAGGUGGAGUGAGAGGUGCAGAUGUCACAUGUAAUUCACGUUUAUUUAAGUAGCUCUCAUAUUCUGAAGAAAUGAAUGAAUGCCAAGCCACCAAUAAUGAAGAAUUAUUUAGUCUCAUAGAAUGUGCAUCUGUCAUUUAUGAAUCAUAUAUAUGACAUAGAUACCAUAUAAUUUUUAGGUAUAUAUUAUACGUUUAUGGAUGUUUUUAUAGUCCAGUGCAAAUUAAAGUGACAUGUGUAACCAGCAGUGAGCGUGCAGCAAACAGUUCUAAAUCUUAGUUAUCAAUAAAGGUAAAGCAAGCUAAUUGUGCCUAUUACUUUUUCUUAUUUAGGGCUUUUACUCUCAAUCUGGCGUCACUUUAUUUCAAAUGCACUGUAAGACAGGAAGAACACUUGAGAUAGUAUCAAAACUCACUUCCUUUUAUGUACAAAAAUAAAGAGCUGUGACAGCAAAACUGAUACUUCUAGUUGAAAAUCGAUAGAAACUUUCUUGAUAUAUGUAUACCUUUCAGCCCAAUAGGAACAGAGAAUAGAAGUUUGAAAUUCAGUCCAAUAUUAAAACUAGUUUAUUGAUUUCUAUGUAAAGUGGAAGAACUCUAGUUUUGGUUCCUAGUUUUCAGACAGGAAACACAAUGUUCAGAGAAGAGUUUUGUGGAAUUCCAAAUCAAGUAUCGUCGUCCUCCCCGCAGUCAGGCUGCCCAUCACCCACCAUUCCAGCAGGUAAAGUCAUUUCUUCAUCACAGAAGCACAGCAAGAAGGCCCUAAAGCAGGCACUAAAGCAGCAACAGCAGAAGAAGCAGCAGCAGCAGCAGCAGCAAUGCAGGCCAACCAUAUCCAUCUCCUCCAACCAGCAUCUCUCUCUAAAGACUGUCAAAGCAGCCAGUGACUCUGUACCUGCCAAACCUGCAAUAUGGGAAGGAAAGCAAUCUGAUGGACCGUCAAGCAGCCCUCAAAACUCAAACUCCAGCUUUUCUUCGUCAGUUAAAGUGGAAAAUCCUUUGUUAGGCUUGGGGAAGAAGUCAUUCCAGAGAUCUGAGAGACUCCAUACAAGACAAAUGAAAAGAACUAAAUGUGCCGACAUUGAUGUUGAGACACCAGACUCCAUUCUGGUUAAUACAAAUCUGCGAGCGCUGAUCAACAAGCACACAUUUUCAGUCCUUCCUGGAGACUGCCAACAGCGACUGCUUUUACUGCUCCCAGAGGUAGAUCGACAGGUUGGUCCAGAUGGUUUAAUGAAGUUAAAUGGCUCAGCCCUUAACAAUGAGUUCUUCACUUCAGCAGCCCAAGGCUGGAAGGAAAGACUUUCAGAAGGUGAGUUUACACCUGAGAUGCAGGUGAGAAUUCGGCAAGAGAUUGAGAAGGAGAAAAAAGUGGAGCCAUGGAAAGAACAAUUCUUUGAAAGCUACUAUGGGCAGAGUUCUGGCCUGAGCCUUGAAGAUUCUAAGAAAUUAACAGCUUCUCCCAGCGAUCCCAAAGUAAAGAAAACCCCAGCUGAACAACCAAAAUCCAUGUCUGUAUCAGAGGCCUCUCUUGUCAGGAUAGUUCCAGUAGUCCCCCAGUCAGAGUGUAAAGAAGAAGCAUUGCAUAUGUCAUCACCAGGCAGAAAAGAAGAGUGUGAAAGCCAAGAUGAAGUGCAGCCAAACUUCUCCACAUCCACAGCGCCCCUGCUUUCCUCAGCUCUCAAUACACAUGAGCUUAGCAGCGUUCUUCCCAUCAAGUGCCCAAAGGAUGAGGAUCUCUUGGAGCAGAAGCCAGUCGCCUCUGCUGAACAGGAAUCUGAGAAGAAUCAUCUCACCACCGCUUCUAAUUAUAACAAAAGUGAAAGCCAAGAAUCUUUAGUUACAUCGCCAAGCAAACCCAUUAGUCCUGGGGUAGAAAAACCAGUGAUGAAGCCCAUAGCAGAAGCAGGUCCACAAGAGACCACUGUGAAAGAACCUCUAGCAACUCUUGUUGAUCAGAGCCCAGAAAGCCUCAAGAGGAAGUCUUCCCUCACCCAAGAAGAGGUCCUUGUGAGCUGGGAGAAGAGGCCACGUCUCACUGAGAAUCGCCAGCACCAGCAGCCAUUUCAGGUCUCACCACAGCCCUUUCUCAACAGAGGGGACAGGGUCCAGGUGCGAAAAGUACCACCUCUCAAGAUCCCGGUCUCCAGAAUCUCCCCAAUGCCGUUUCAUCCAUCGCAGGUCUCUCCCAGGGCUCGUUUUCCAGUCUCCAUCACUAGUCCUAACAGAACAGGAGCCAGAACUCUUGCAGACAUCAAAGCAAAAGCCCAACUGGUCAAAGCACAGAGGGCAGCAGCUGCUGCAGCCGCCGCAGCUGCUGCAGCCGCCUCAGUUAGAGGGACCAUUCCAGGACCUGGCCCAGGGGGUGGACAAGGUCCAGGAGAGGGUGGUGAAGGGCAGACUGCUAGAGGAGGCAGUCCAGCCUCAGACAGAGUCAGUGAAACUGGAAAGGGCCCCACACUGGAACUGGCAGGAACUAGAAGCAGGGGAGGUACGAGAGAGCUUUUACCCUGUGGUCCAGAGACUCAGCCCCAGUCUGAGACCAAGACCACCCCAGGCCAGGCUCAGCCUCAUAGUGUCUCUGGAGCACAACUACAGCAAACCCCCCCAGUGCCUCCAACACCUGCCGUCAGUGCAGCAUGCACAAGCGUCCCAUCACCAGCCCACAUAGAGAAAUUGGAUAAUAAGCUGAACCCCACCCGGGCAACAGCCACUGUGGCCUCUCUCAGCCAUCCACAGGGGCCCAGUAGUUGCAGACAGGAGAAAGCACCUUCUCCUCCAACAGGUCUUGCUCUAAUCUCAGGUGCCUCACCUGUUCAUUUUGUAGCUGAUGGCAUAGUUGAGCUCAAAGCAGGUCCCAGUAAGAAUAUACCUAACCUUUCAGCUUCAUCAAAGGCGGAUGCUAGUGUGCCAGUGGCUGUAACUCCCACCCCUUUAACAUCUUUGUUGACCACAGCCACUUUAGAAAAGCUUCCUGUACCCCAGGUCAGUGCAACUACAGGAACUGCCGGAUCAGCUCCACCCUCGAGCACUUUGCCAGCAGCCUCUAGCCUUAAAACCCCAGGAACUUCUUUAAACAUGAAUGGACCCACUUUAAGACCAACCUCUAGUAUCCCUGCUAAUAAUCCUUUAGUGACUCAGCUGCUUCAAGGCAAAGAUGUUCCCAUGGAGCAAAUUCUGCCUAAACCUCUCACCAAAGUCGAAAUGAAAACAGUUCCACUGACUAUGAAAGAGGAAAGGGGGAUUGGAGCACUCAUAGGUACCAACACAACAGAAAAUAGCACCAGGGAGGAAGUUAAUGAGAGACAGUCCCAUGCAGCUACACAGCAGCAGCAGCUGGGCAAAACUUUGCAAAGUAAGCAGCUCCCCCACGUUCCAAGACCCCUUCAGCUCUUUUCAGCUAAGGAGCUGAGGGACGCUAGCAUUGAUGCACACCAGUACCAAGAAGGACUAAGUAAAGCAACCCAAGAUCAGAUCCUUCAGACUCUCAUUCAGAGGGUUCGGAGGCAGAAUCUUCUCUCAAUUGUGCCACCUUCGCAGUUCAACUUUGCUCACUCAGGUUUCCAGCUGGAAGACAUCUCCACAAGCCAGAGGUUCAUGCUGGGUUUUGCUAGCAGAAGGACAUCCAAACCUGCAAUGGCCGGGCACUACUUACUGAAUAUUUCUACCUAUGGCCGGGGCUCAGAGAGCUUUAGGAGGACCCAUUCUGUAAACCCUGAAGACCGUUUUUGUCUAAGCAGCCCCACUGAAGCCUUGAAAAUGGGAUAUACAGACUGUAAAAAUGCAACAGGAGAGAGUAGCAGCAGCAAAGAAGAUGACACUGAGGAGGAAAGUACUGGUGACGAGCAGGAAUCUGUCAUGGGGAAAGAGGAGCCCCAGGUUUCCCAGAGUACUGGCAAAGGUGAUGCAAGUUCAGCACACCACAGCAGGGAAACUCUAUCUACCAGUGAUUGCUUAGCUAGCAAGAAUGUGAAGGCUGAGAUACCAGUGAAUGAGCAAACCACUUUAAGUAAGGAGAAUUACCUGUUCACUAGAGGUCAAACAUUUGAUGAAAAGACCCUAGCCAGAGAUUUAAUUCAGGCAGCACAGAAGCAGAUGGCUCGUGCAGUAAGAGGUAAGACAAUGCGCAGCAGCCCGGAGCUUUUCAAUUCUACCGUUCUUCCUCUGCCUGCAGACAGCCCCACCCACCAGCCUCUACUCCUCCCACCCCUGCAAACCCCGAAGUUGUAUGGAAGCCCCACCCAGAUAGGGCCAAGCUACAGAGGCAUGAUCAAUGUCUCCACCUCAUCUGACAUGGACCAUAACUCUGCUAUACCAGGUAGCCAGGUAUCUAGCAAUGUAGGUGAUGUCAUGUCAUUUUCAGUGACUGUCACUACCAUCCCUGCUAGCCAAGCUAUGAAUCCCAGCAGCCAUGGCCAGACCAUUCCUGUUCAGGCCUUCCCUGAAGAGAACAGCAUAGAGGGCACACCUUCGAAAUGUUACUGCCGCUUGAAAGCCAUGAUCAUGUGCAAAGGGUGUGGAGCUUUCUGCCAUGAUGAUUGCAUUGGCCCCUCCAAACUGUGCGUCUCCUGCCUUGUCGUUCGGUAAGGAGACUAGAAAGAGACACACUGUAAAGGAUGGGGAAGGGAAGGGUUGACCAGUUGGGUUUCUUUUUUGCUUUUGGUUUUUUUGCAUCCUUUUGGAAUCACAGAAAUAAACAAGUAGGUUUCAGUUGUCUUCAGAGACAAAUGUUACUUAAUCAGGAAUACAAAGUACAUUAUAGAGGAAGAGCACCUUGUAUAGUAAGUCUGAGUCAAGCAAGACUUUGUGAAUUUGUGACAAGUUUGCACUUACAAAAUCAUGUAAAUAUGUCACAUUUUGUUUAACAUUAUUUUCCAAGUGUUUAGGUAAUAAUGUAUUACUUUGAAUUCAGAUUUAUGUUCUACUACUUGUGACUCUGAGAAAAGUUUAAUGCCAGCAUGGUGAAAGGAAGCUGCCUCCCUUCUGACAUUUCCUAGGAAGUUAGGAAAAGGAAAGUGAAGGAAUGACCAUUCACACUGAUUGUGUCUGGACAGUCUGAUCACAGGCUAUUCCUAGAUUAUUCAGCCUUUGCAGGACUUGGAUUCAGGGCUUACUCAGUCCCUUUACCUUAGGUGGAAUCUUCUUAAGUUGAAAUUUUUGGCAAGGUAUUCAUUUCACAGGUAGUGUUUCAGACUCUCAAAGCCCUGACUUCCAUGGACUAGUACUGUUGCCAAGCACUCUGCUUGGAAUUUGUGGAUCCCUGCUGCUCCCUAAUUGCACCCCCUGCCCUGAGACAGUGAAUGUAGUCUGUGAAGGGAGUACCUCUCUGGGACCCCCGUAUUGUUAUAGGCUGUGCAGUACAACAAUUCCAACAAAAACAUCCUGUCCCUGCACUUAUUCAUUUGUAGUAUAACUGUUUUUAAGUACUAAUAUAAAACGAACAGGGAAGUGUUAGUGAUUGGGUGAUUUGACCUACAUCUUGUUGAGCAAGGGGAGUGAAACCACAGAAACUGUUCAAUUGAAUGUAAAGAACUUUGGAAAACAAUUUUGACACUAGAAUGAGGUAGCCUCUCUUUUCCUCUUCUCUCUCAACCUAUGAACCUAGUGCUCUAUAGUCAGCUCUUACAAGUAGAAAAGCUCACCAAUGCCACGUUUGUUCAUUCUGUUCAACCUGUUAGACCUCCCAGGCAUCUGAACAUGAUGACAUAAUCUUAUUAUAUCUUACUUUACACAUACGUGUAUGUGCACAUACAUGCACAGUACAAGACACUUUCCCUGUUUUAGAAAAUAUGUCCCCUGUUUGGAUUACUGCUGUCUGAGCACUAGAAAUUUCUAAUGUAAAGGGGCCUUAGUGAAUGGCUAAGGGAACAUCUGGAAAGGAAGAAAAAUUUUUUUGCCCCAAAGUUUUUUUGUUACUUGUUUUUGUUUUGUUUUUUCCUUCUUGUUUACUUUUUUUUUUUUUUUUUUUUCAUCCUUCUCUAGUGACUGAAGAAUUUGUGAGUACAUAAUAUUUAGAUCAUGGUUAAGGAACAGUAAAAUAAACCUGCAGUUUACCAGAAUUUUGUAUUAAAUGGGCGGGUGUCAAUUUGCAUCAUUUGCAUGUUGAUUUCAAGUCUCCUAAUUUGGAAUGUGUAAAGUACAAAUGUUAGUGCAACAUAGUACAGUUGUAUUUGUCAUUCAUAUUCAGGAUGUGAUAUUUACAAAAUGCAAAACAGUUUAAACUUGUUAAGUCACAUUCCAGAUUAGGAGAAAAUAGGCAAUAAUCUCUGUUUUGCCCCCAUUCUACUACCCACCCCUGCUCACCCCACCCCAACAUCAUACACUGUUUAAUGCUUUCCCACAGUCCCUACUGUGCCUCAUAAGAAACUCACUGUUUUUCACUUUUCACUUCCGGCUUUUUUGUGGCCCAAAGCCAAUAUAGGAUUAAUAUCUGUGUUCCAGCUUCAGUCAGGACAAUAUGUUCUUCCAUCUUUCCCCCUUUCUUCCACCAUGCGCACAGCUAAGAGAUAAGAAGACUGCAAGCAUCGGGGAUAAGGAGUGUAUUUUCAAGCCAAGAACCAGUAGGAAACAGAAAUCAUGGUGCUCCCAAACAUUCAGUACUCUAGGCAAUCCAGGAAGAGUUGGAAGAGACCUGUUGCUGAGUAGAACUCUCCCUGCCCCACCCACCCCUUCACUCCACCAUAGUCCCAGGGCUGAGGGCUGGUCUGCAUGCUGGAAGAGGUUGAGAGUUUCAGAAUUGACUGCAUGCUAAAUGUCAGUUACCAAUUUGGAUUGAUGAAAGUUACUUUUCUGCUUUACUCCUUUCCUAUCAGAAAGGUUUUUCUCUGUGGUUCCCUUAACUUGAGGAUGAGCAGACUAUAACCAGGAAAGGAGGAAAGAUAUCAGGGAUUUUUAAGUUCAUUUAGAGAGCAAACCAUAUUGUGCCUCUUCAUCUUGACCCAGGCUAUUAUAGAUAGGUCCUAAACAUUGCUGUUCACCAGAUUAUCUUAACAAAUAAUACUCAGCUAAAUAUUUGCAUUUAGGAAUACUCCUAAAACAGAUAUUGCCAUCUAGAUACACUGCCUCAAUCUUGACCAGAUGAGAGAACAGUUAAAUUCUCUUAGAUGAGUAGUAAAAUUGAAUACCAAUCUAUUUAUCAGUUUGUUUCAACACAGAGGUUUCAAGUGGAAAGCAAUUCAUCUUAUAAGCUGAACAGAAAAAAAAUAUUACAAUCUGACCUUUUAGAAAAUGAAGCAGUAGAAACAAGAAAACCUUUAAAUUAUUAGUAUGGUACUCUAACAGCACCUUUAAAGUAAUCUUUACCUUAGUUUUUGAACUGUUUUCCCUUUCAGCUCAAUCUGAAAAGUUUUAAUAAGUGCUGAGCUUAUUCUUAGGGUAUGACCUGGCAUUAUUUCCAGUGACUAGUCAGGCAUUAUGCCUGAUGCAUACGCCUUCCGUGUACCCUUCUCCAGCCUUCAGAUACCCUCCACUACAGGUCACCUCAGGAGAUAGCAUUAUUAAUAUAGCCUCAGUCUUGUUUAUAAAGAUUCUAAGUUGUCUAGUAAAGAAGUCUCCCUGAAUCUUAAAUAAUUUUGAUUGAUUAGAAUUUUCCAUCCUAUUAAACAGAAAGUAAAGCCAAAUAACCUGGAGUUGUUUGUCCUGCUUCUGUUCCUUAACCCCUGUGCUCAAGAUACUGAAGCUAUCUGUGGUAUUUCAUGUAACAUUUCAAAGAGCUGGCAAAUGGGAAACUUUUCUUGGGGUGGAGAGAGCAUACCUAUUGGGCUGUGAAGGCAUACAGAUGUACAUGUUUUAGAUCUUAUCUCAGAUUUAAAUAGCCAAAGGAAGACCUCAUUGCCUUCCAGGUGAAGGUGCAAAAUCAUACAUAUUAAUGACCUGACAGUUAACAUUCUGUUGAUUAUUAUUGCCUUUCUCCAUCUUAGAGAGCCAUAACUAACUCUCUGGUGAAGUGAUUUGCUGUAAGGGGGUGGGAGGGCGGGGGCUUCUCUGGUCAUUACACUGCUAUUUAUUUCUAGAACUCACUGUCAAUCAAUGAGCAGUGCCAGAGUGUUUUCUCUUUGACCUAGAGGUUUCACAUCAUAGCAAGGAGUGAAAAGUCUCCCCAUCUCAUUCCAACAGUGUGCUAAGUAAGUAACUUGGCCAAGGGUAGUUUCAGCUCAAUUUAUAGAAUAGUCCAAAGAGACUCUGAGAAACAUGAUGAUAGGCAGGGACCUUUUCUACCGUGUUUCAAUACCUACAAACCUAUUGAACGAGAACAGUAGGUAAAACAUUUCCUAAAGUUGAAGCAGUAGCUUCGUAGAUUCUUGGUUACUUUAUUUUUUUUAAUGCUUUACAUUUGAUACAACUAUUAAAGAUCAAUUUUAAAAAUAGCUUUCCAGUAAUAUAUUUUAAGUAAUAUAUAUUUUAAUAUCUAUGUAAAAAGUGACAGUGGAAGACCUUGAAUUUCUCAUAUAUGGUAUGUUUGAUGUAGGACCUCACUGUUAAGGCACAAAUUAUUUCAAAGGAAGUUACUCUAAAGACACUCAGAUUAUUUCAGAAAAAUGCAAUAAGGGGAAUAGUUUUGGGGUUUAUUUUUUAUUUUAAAAGAAAAUUGACUUAUUUACCACAAGCUAUUUUUUUCCCUUCUGGCUAUAAGGUUUGUACAGACUGGUUUGGUAAAUGCUAAACUUUUGUGUCUUUUGCCUUUUUAAAGGAAUUGUUAACAUUGGAAUUGAGGGUAUGUACAGAGAAGUUGGUGUCAACACCAUUUAAAAAGUCAUAUUUUUUCACAAAUAUAGAAAAUCAUUUUACAUAAGAAUUUUAAGUAUUUGCAAUAAAUAUAUGUAUAUAGAUUGUAUGUAUUCCUAUAUUCUUAUUUUUCAUUUUAUUAUUAAGUAAAGAUCAUUAAAAGUGAAAAUAAAAACCUUGGAGUUUUUGGUGAAUUUUAAGGUUUGACGUACAUCUGAGAGUGGCGUGGGGAAGGGCCUCAGUUGUUGCCUUAUACUACUAUGGGAUGGUUCCCACAGAUUGUAUGGACAAGAGUAAAAUCAGGAACUUGGUGAUAAAUCAGGGUAGUGUAUUUGUUUCAGAAUUUAAGUAAAAUUGAUUAAAUUUUCCUCAUCUGUCUGUCUCCAUGUUUUCUCCCUUACUCUGUUUUGUCUCCUAACUACCUAACUUACUGGAGAAGUGAAGAAACGUGGUGCAGCCUCUUUCUUAAUGUGCCCAUUGUUUGCUUCUAAAUCAAAGAAUGGUAAGGAAAUAUCUCAGGGGAAAAAAUAGGUUUUCCUUUCUCCACAGUGGUUAAUAAUUCUUAGCAGACAUUUACUGCCACCACCUUCCAGGCCUUAGGGGAGUAUGAAGAAAUAAUCUCUUGAAGAUGAUAGAAAAAAAAUUUUUUUUUCCGUUUCCCAGUUCUCUCAGGAGUGAGUUUCAUAGCCAGUCACGUCCUUCCUGCCUGUCUAAUCUGGAAAGUUUAAAGAGCUGGGAGAACUGUGUGAAGAGAACCACCUGUGCCUUGGUUAGGUUCUGUUUCAGCACGUGACACUUGAAUUUUGAACUCCCUUGUGUCAGGAAGGGUAGCUAUGGAAAUGAGAACUGAGCCAGUUGUUAGGAGAGGUUAAUUGUAUACCAUGCUGAGAUUGCUGUCUAAUCCAUGAGAACUAAUUUGUGGCUGCAAAGUAAAUACCUGAUUUUAGGAUAUGAUAGGAGCAAAAUGGUGCCUACAUGGUCUUUGUAAAGAAAGGUAUAUAGCCCAAUUUUUAACAAAUGAAUAAUACAUUGAAUCAUUGAUGACCUGAAAGAAAAAUUAUUAAGGUCAGAUUUUCAAGAAUGUAUCUUGAUGACCCAUGAGACUGACUUUUUAUUGUAGUUCACUAGUUCCCAUAAUUGCCCAGUUGUGGUUAUUUUCACUGAAAAAAAAAAAAAAAAAAGUGUAUUUUGGAAGUUAAGGAUACAUUGGCUUUUUUUUUUUCUUUACAUUGGCUUUUUAAAAGACAAUUUUUAUUUUUUAAAUAUUGAAAUGUCAAAUAUCUGGGUUGUCCCGAGACGUUGAAGGUAAUUCAGCCUUCCAAGAGAACAGCAGUCUAGAUCUUAGCUGAAAAUGUGCUAUUUCUAAAGGAAACUUAAGUCUCAGGGAACAUCAGCAUCUUCAUAAUUUCCAUAUAUAGGAAUGAAGGUAAAAUAUUUAAAUGUGUACAAACUAAUCCAUAAUGACCAUUUACAAAGAUUGACUCCCCAUUUCUAGUACAUAUUUAUCAUUAUUUAGAUGGGCCUCCUACCUCGUGGGAAGAUAAAUUUAUAUUCAGGUGAUGACCUGGGUGCCUGCAAGUAGAGUUGGUCUGCAGCUGAGGGAGAAAGCAACAUACCAGAAGACAAGACAGCUACAACUUGGACCUCCAGCUACCCUUUAUUUACUUCACAGAGUCAUAGAAACCUGUGUUCAUUGCUUCUGAGACUACCUGACCUUAACUGGUCUUUAGAAGUCUAAUUUUUUAUGUAAGAAUCAUGUUAUUUACUAAUUCAAGUAUUUAUAGAGCACCUACUGUGUGCUAAGCACUAUUAAAGUGCUGGUUAUACAAAGGUAAGUGAAAAUAGUCAUGUAAAUUGCAGAAAGGUUUUCCUAAAGUAGUGACCAUACAGCAUAUUUCAAGUUCUGGGCUCAAGGAGAAUAAAUGCUAAACUUUUCCCCAAGAUAUGUUGAAAAAUGGAUUGAGACACUGGACACAAUAGUGGCAAACACAUGAAGAAAGGAAGGAAGGUCCCUAGACGAAGAAAGUGUGGAAGUGAGUAGCCAUUAUUAAUAAAGUGCACCUUUUUUGAGAACUAUUGUUGGAAUAGCUAAAGUUGUUUAUAGAAAUUUCGAGAAAUCUAUGACAUCUAAAUUAGAAGCAGGCCAACAGCAAUCCCUGUCUUCUAAUUUAGGUCAGUAAGUUAGUGUUUUGUUAAACUAACUCUUUCAAAUACAGCUGAGUAAAUAAUGCAGCUUUCCUGUCACUGUUCAAACCCAGAAGGAGCUAAAGGGAAUUUUUCUUAAAACAUGAUUUUCAUCUUACAGAUGAUAAGUAACUGUAUGUCUUCAUUCGUAAUUUUUGCAUCCCAGCUUUUUUCCAUAAUGGAUAAAAUUACUUUCUGUCCUUUUCUAAUGUUGUAGAACUGGCUCUUUCUUCUUUUUUUUUUUCUCUUAAGUCACAACUUGAAUUUAAAAGGGCUUCAGCAGAACUCUAGCGCUUUUCAAAGAAGAAUUUGGUGUAUUCCAUUAUGUAAUGUAGUCUCAACUCUGUCCAGGAACCAGGAGGAUGGAUGUCCUCGGUUUUCCUAAUACUUGGUAACCUUUAACAAGAUUGGGUUUUGAGGGGGUUUUGUUUUUUUGUUUUGUUUUGUUUUUUCAUGGGGAUUGUAUACUGUACUUCCAUGUAACUUUCUGCCUUAACCUAAAAAGAGAUUCCCUGGAAGGAGAUCUUGUGACAGGAAGAACAAGUGAAACCAGGAAAAGAGCCAGAAAUGAUCAACUUGGAGAUGAGGUGUGGCUAGAUAGUGGUUUUCCUGAAGAGUGACUUCAACCUCGGUCUUUGUACUGCUUCAAACCCUAAAGAACCUAAAGGGAAUUUUUUAAAAUCCUGAUAUUCUUCUUAAUUGUAAAACCUAGAGGAUGCUUUAGGGAGAAGAAAGAUAACCUGGAAUUUGGUUUUAAAUGGAUUUAAGUAAACUUUGAAUUAAGUAGCUUAUUCCAUUUUUGAGAGAUUUCAUUUUAAGGUUUUAGACUCACUUAAUGUAAUGUUGAAUUGCCGUAAGUGUAACCUGGAGCUUGAUUUGAGACAUUCUCUGGAGUAAAGACUAGUUUUCUAUUGAACUGUGGUGGCUUUGCCACUAAUCAGGAUUUAGGAUUGUGUACCUCUUACCAAGUGAAAUGGAACUUGGCUUUCUAAACACUAUAUUAGACCAACUUGAGUCAAUACUUAUUAUUAAGUUAGGGAUUCUUGAAAUAUUUAAAUAUUUAAGAUUCAAAUUCGCCCAAUUAGAAAGCACUGCAUUAAAUGUUACCAAAAUAUCUGAAGAUACUUUAGAACUAUUUUUCACACAGCGUAUAUCUUUCCUAUGGAAAGUAUUGUACAUAAAAUUUUACAUUCUUUUAAAAAACAGAAUCUAAUGUCUUCAGAUACCUAGAGCUUGGAAAUGCUAGAGUUGGGCUUUGACCCUAAGUCAGCAGUUUUUUUUCAUUUUAGGUUUUUAGGCAAGUUUCAGUAGUUUGGAGACUUCUUCAGUAGUGACCCCAGCUUAACCUACAUAAAAUCAUUUUGCACACAUUUUAAGUUAAUCAGAUCCUUCCAAAGUCUUGGAUUUGGUUACCCUUUUGUUAGAUAAGGAGACAGAUUCUAGGUUGGGACAAAAAUCUUAAUUUAUUCUCUAAUAAUAAAGUACUGAUUAGAAAGCAAGUUCUUGGAGAAUACACAAAAUUUCUGGAAUCCAUGAAAGAUCUAGAGAACAUGACAAAUGAAACUCUAGAAAUUAAAAAAAAAAAAAUAGCUGUAAGUGCUUUCACCUUUUUUUAAAAACCUGUCUUAAUUCUAUGAAUGCAUCGCACCCUUCACCAGCACCAAGAGAAGUCGGAAUGGAAGAAUUGACCCUAUGUAAUUCUUGUUCACUUAAAAUCUUUGUGCACGUAGGCCUUAGCACUUUGACAAAUAAACUCUGCCUUUUAACUCCUCACUAUCGUCUUUUUUCCUCUCAGUUUUAUACUUUUCUUUCAUUGGUCGUUUAAAAACUACCUUCUUCAAAGUUGAAUGUAUAAUGUUUCUGCACAUGGACAAACCAUAUUUUACUGACUCAUUCUAUGAUGAGUAAAGGCAGACAGUUUUACUCUA